CGCGGCGGCCGCCGGCUCUCCGGGGGCAGCGGGCGCCGCUGAUGCGGGCGCGGGGGCUGCGGCUGCUCGCCAGGGACCCGCCCGCCGGCCGCUCGGCGGGGACCAUGUGAGGAGCCGGCGGUGCCCACCACGAUGCAGAAGGGGAUGCGGCUCAAUGACGGGCACGUCACCUACCUGGGGCUGCUGGCGAAGAAGGACGGCGCCAGGAAGGGCUACCUGAGCAAGCGGAGCUCCGACAACACAAAAUGGCACACCAAGUGGUUCGCGCUGCUGCAGAACAUGCUCUUCUACUUCGAGACCGACUCCAGCUCCCGGCCCUCGGGGCUCUACCUGCUCGAGGGCUGCGUCUGCGACCGGGCGCCCUCCCCCAAGCCCUCCCUCUCGGCCAAGGACUCCCUGGAGAAGCAGCAUUACUUCACCGUUAACUUCAACCACGAGAACCAGAAGACGCUGGAGCUGCGGACGGAGGAUGCCAAGGACUGUGACGAGUGGGUUGCAGCCAUAGCUCAUGCCAGCUACAGGACCCUGGCGACGGAGCACGAGGCGCUGAUGCAGAAGUACCUCCAUCUCCUGCAGAUCGUGGAGACGGAGAAGACCGUUGCCAAGCAACUCCGCCAGCAGAUCGAGGACGGGGAGAUCGAGAUCGAGCGCCUGAAGGCCGAGAUCGCCUCCCUGCUCAAGGACCACGAGCGCAUCCAGGCCGGGCAGAGCAGCGCGCCCAGCGAUGACGACAGCGACAUCAAGAAGAUCAAGAAGGUGCAGAGCUUCCUGCGGGGCUGGCUGUGCCGCAGGAAGUGGAAAACCAUCAUCCAGGACUACAUCAGGUCGCCCCACGCCGACAGCAUGCGCAAGAGGAACCAGGUGGUGUUCAGCAUGCUGGAGGCAGAGGCCGAGUACGUGCAGCAGCUCCACAUCCUGGUCAACAACUUCCUGCGGCCGCUGCGCAUGGCCGCCAGCUCCAAGAAGCCUCCCAUCACGCACGACGACGUCAGCAGCAUAUUCCUCAACAGCGAAACCAUCAUGUUUUUGCACCAGAUCUUCUACCAGGGCCUCAAGGCAAGGAUCUCCAGCUGGCCAACACUCGUGCUGGCCGACCUGUUCGACAUCCUGCUGCCCAUGCUGAACAUCUACCAGGAGUUCGUGCGGAACCACCAGUACAGCCUGCAGAUCCUGGCGCACUGCAAGCAGAACCGCGACUUCGACAAGCUACUCAAGCACUACGAGGCCAAGCCCGACUGCGAGGAGAGGACCCUGGAGACCUUCCUCACCUACCCCAUGUUCCAGAUCCCCAGGUACAUCCUGACGCUGCACGAGCUCCUGGCUCACACCCCCCAUGAGCACGUGGAGAGGAACAGCCUGGAUUAUGCCAAGUCCAAGCUGGAAGAGCUGUCCAGGAUAAUGCACGAUGAGGUCAGUGAGACGGAGAAUAUCCGGAAGAACCUGGCGAUCGAGAGGAUGAUCAUUGAGGGCUGCGAGAUCCUGCUGGACACCAGCCAGACCUUCGUGAGGCAAGGCUCCCUCAUCCAGGUGCCGAUGUCGGAGAAAGGGAAGAUCACGCGGGGCCGGCUGGGCUCGCUCUCGCUGCGGAAGGAGGGCGAGCGGCAGUGCUUCCUCUUCUCCAAGCACCUCAUCAUCUGCACCCGGGGCUCCGGGGGCAAGCUGCACCUCACCAAGAACGGCGUCAUCUCCCUCAUCGACUGCACGCUGGUGGAGGAGCCGGAGAGCACCGACGAGGACGCAAAAGCAUCAGGGCAGGACAUCGACCACCUUGACUUCAAAAUCGUGGUGGAGCCCAAAGAUUCCUCCUCUUUCACCGUCAUCCUCGUGGCCUCGUCCCGGCAGGAGAAGGCUGCGUGGACCAGUGACAUCAGCCAGUGCGUGGACAACAUCCGCUGCAACGGGCUCAUGAUGAACGCCUUCGAGGAGAACUCCAAGGUCACCGUCCCGCAGAUGAUCAAGUCUGAUGCCAGCUUGUAUUGUGAUGAUGUUGACAUUAGGUUCAGUAAAACGAUGAAUUCCUGCAAGGUCCUGCAGAUCCGCUAUGCGAGCGUGGAGCGGCUCCUGGAGAGGCUGACGGACCUGCGCUUCCUCAGCAUCGACUUCCUCAACACCUUCCUGCAUUCCUACCGCGUCUUCACCACCGCCCUGGUCGUCCUCGACAAGCUCAUCACCAUCUACAAGAAGCCCAUCAGUGCCAUCCCCGCACGGUCCCUGGAGCUGCUCUUUGCAAACAGCCAGAACAACAAGCUGCUCUAUGGAGAGCCCCCCAAGUCCCCCAGGGCCAACCGCAAGUUCUCCUCGCCUCCCCCCCUGUCCAUCACCAAGUCCUCAUCCCCCAGCCGGCGGAGGAAGCUCUCCCUCAACAUCCCCAUCAUCACCGGGGGCAAGGCGCUGGACCUGGCUGCCCUGAGCUGCUCCUCCAACGGCUAUGCAAGCAUGUACUCCUCCAUGGCUCCCUUCAGCAAGACCACCCUGGACAUAAACAAACUGUACGUGUCCAGUAACUAUCCCAAUAAAAUCCCUGACGAAGGAGAAGCAGCUUCUGAAAAGCCAGAGGAGUCGCUGCCAGGCAAGCAGGGCUCGGAGGUGUCGGUCCGGGAGGAGUCAGACACGGAUCCCAACCACAGCGAUGAAGCAGAAGCUGAAACUUCCCCAACAAAAUCUCCGACGACUCCCAAGUCCGUCAAGUGCAAAAACUCAUCAGACUUCUCGCUGUUCUCCUACAACAACGGCGUGGUCAUGCCGUCCUGCCGGGAGCUCGACAGCACCCGCAGCGCCCUCUCCGCUGCCUCCGCCUUCGCCAUCGCCACGGCGGGCGCCAACGAGGGGACCCCCACCAAGGAGAAGUACCGCAGGAUGUCCCUCGCCAGCGCAGUUUCAGGCUUCCCGACAGACCAGCGGAACGGGGACAAGGAGUUCGUGAUCCGGAGAGCGGCCACCAACCGUGUCCUCAACGUGCUGCGGCACUGGGUCUCUAAACACUCCCAGGACUUCGAAACCAAUGAGGAGCUGAAGUUCCGAGUGAUUGGCUUCCUGGAGGAGGUUAUCCACGAUCCCGAGCUCCUGACCCAGGAGAGGAAAGCAGCCGCCAACAUCAUAAGGACCUUGACACAGGAGGAUCCAGGAGACAAUCAGAUAACCCUGGAGGAGGUCGUACAGAUGGCUGAGGGAGUCAAAGCAGAACCCUUUGAAAACCACUCGGCCCUGGAAAUAGCCGAGCAGUUGACGCUGCUGGAUCACCUGGUCUUCAAGAAGAUCCCCUACGAAGAGUUCUUUGGGCAAGGCUGGAUGAAGCUGGAGAAGAACGAGAGGACCCCGUACAUCAUGAAGAACACAAAACACUUCAAUGAUGUCAGCAACUUGAUCGCGUCGGAGAUCAUCCGGAACGAGGAGAUCAACGCGCGGGCGAGCGCCAUCGAGAAGUGGGUGGCGGUGGCGGACAUCUGCCGGUGCCUGCACAACUACAACGCGGUGCUGGAGAUCACCUCCUCGCUCAACCGCAGCGCUAUCUUCCGCCUCAAGAAGACCUGGCUCAAGGUCUCCAAGCAGACCAAGGCUCUGAUCGAUAAGCUGCAGAAGCUGGUGUCGUCCGAGGGCAGGUUCAAGAACCUCAGGGAGGCACUGAAAAAUUGUGACCCUCCGUGUGUGCCCUACCUGGGAAUGUACCUGACUGACCUGGCGUUCAUCGAGGAGGGCACCCCCAACUACACCGAGGACGGGCUGGUGAACUUCUCCAAGAUGAGGAUGAUUUCACACAUCAUAAGGGAGAUCCGCCAGUUCCAGCAAACCUCCUACAAGAUUGAGCACCAACCUAAGGUGACGCAGUACCUGCUGGAUCAGUCCUUUGUGAUGGAUGAAGAAACCCUUUACGAAGCUUCUCUGCGAAUAGAGCCCAAGCUGCCUUCCUGAGUGCGGAGCGGAGGCGGGCGGCCGCUCUGUGCACACGCUGUCCCACCCUGUAAAUACCUGUUCGUUUCUGUUGGACGCCCUGGAGUGACUUCACGUCUGUGCUUCUCCGAGCAAACCGCCCCCCCCGUUCUUAGGCCGCUCUUAGACCCCGCCUAGGGUUUCCCGCAUCAUUCUAAGGUUUCACGCACUGACACGUGGCUGGAGUCCCGGGCUCUUUCCAUGAUGAUGAUGAUGAUGAUGAUGAUGUUCUUCUUGUCAUUGGCUCUUCUCGAGGGGGCUGGCGGUGGGGCAGGGGCC